AUGGACGAAGUCAACAAACAGCCAGUGCCCAACCAGGCUCCCGUCGACCCCCGUGACGAGACCGAGAGCAAUGCGACCAUCUUGGGGGAAGAUUCCUCUCGACCUACCACUCCUCCCCACAACCCACCAAGUGACUGGACCUUGCUGAGCCGGGUUCAACAACAACACGCACGCGAGAUGGCCUCCGGGUUCAAGCGUCAGGAGUUAGGUGUGACGUGGAGAGACUUGAGCGUGGAUGUCAUCAGUGCCGAUGCUGCCGUCAACGAGAACGUUCUCUCACAAUUCAACAUUCCACAGCAUAUCAAAGAAUCUCGCAACAAGACACCCUUGCGAACCAUUCUCAACAAAAGCCAUGGCUGCGUGAAGCCCGGCGAGAUGCUUCUGGUCUUGGGAAGACCAGGCUCGGGAUGCAGCACUCUGCUGAAGCUGCUGUCAAAUCACCGCGGUGGAUACAAAUCCAUCACCGGGGAUGUGCGAUUCGGCUCACUGAGCCCCAAGGAGGCACGGGCUUACCGCGGCCAGAUCGUCAUGAAUACCGAGGAGGAACUGUUCUUCCCCACCUUGACCGUCGGCCAGACCAUGGACUUUGCAACUCGUCUCAAGGUCCCCUUCAAGCUCCCCGACGGGGUAGAGUCGCCCGAGGAAUACUCGGCCGAGUCGAAGAAGUUCCUCAUGGAGGCACUAGGAAUCUCCCAUACGGAGAACACCAAGGUGGGAAAUGAGUUCGUGCGUGGAGUCUCUGGUGGAGAGCGGAAGCGCGUCUCCAUCAUCGAAUGUCUCGCCACUCGAGGCUCUGUCUUUUGCUGGGACAAUAGUACUCGCGGGCUUGAUGCCAGUACGGCGUUGGAAUGGACCAAGGCAAUCCGCGCCAUGACCGACACCCUGGGUCUGUCGACCAUCGUGACCCUCUACCAGGCCGGUAACGGUAUUUACGAGCUCUUCGACAAGGUUCUGGUUUUGGAUGAGGGUGAGCAGGUCUUCUACGGCACACGGGCCCAGGCUCGUCCUUUCAUGGAGCAAGCGGGCUUCAUCUGUCGCGAAGGUUCGAACAUCGCCGAUUACCUCACCGGUGUGACGGUUCCCACUGAGCGUCGUAUUCGCGAAGGAUACGGGAAUCGAUUCCCUCGCAACAAAGACGCCCUCCGCCAACUCUACGAAGCAUCACCGAUCUUCGAAGAGGCCACUUCCGAAUACGACUACCCCGACUCCGACACUGCCCGCCAACGGACACAAGACUUCAAGGAUGGUGUGGCGCUCGAGACGUCCAAGCAUCUACCUCGCAACAGUCCCUUUACCGUCGGCUUCGGUGAACAGGUCAAGACCUGCAUCAAGCGCCAGUACCAGAUCAUCUGGGGGGAUAAACCAACCUUUGUCAUCAAGCAGGUCGCCACGCUCAUUCAAGCACUCGUUGCCGGUUCGCUCUUUUACAAUGCUCCGAACAACUCCGCUGGUCUCUUCACAAAGUCCGGCGCCAUCUUCUUCUCCCUCUUGUACAACAGUCUCCUCGCCAUGUCGGAGGUGACUGAGUCCUUCGAGGGUCGCCCGGUCCUGGUGAAGCAUAAGGAAUUCGCCAUGUUCCACCCUGCUGCGUUUUGUCUUGCUCAAAUCACCGCGGAUAUCCCUGUACUUAUUUUCCAAAUUUCCAUGUUCGGCAUCGUGGUGUAUUUCAUGGUCGGGUUGACCAUGUCGGCGGGUGUCUUCUUCACCUACUGGGCCCUCGUCUUUACCACGACAAUGAGCAUGACUGCUCUUUUCCGAGCAGUGGGUGCGCUCUUCAGAACAUUCGAUGGUGCCUCCAAGGUCUCUGGAUUCCUCAUCGCUGCCCUGAUCAUGUACACCGGGUACAUGAUCCGAAAGCCUCAGAUGCACCCCUGGUUUGGGUGGAUCUUCUGGAUCGACCCCCUAGCCUACGGCUUUGAAGCUCUACUAGCGAACGAGUUUCAUGGCAAGACGAUCGAUUGUGUUGGCGUCAACCUGAUUCCUCAGGGUCCCGGCUAUCAAGAUAGUGCCCACCAGUCCUGCGCUGGGGUGGGGGGAGCUGUUCAGGGUAACACCUAUGUCACUGGUGACCAAUAUCUUGGCUCCCUUUCGUACAGCCACUCGCACGUCUGGCGUAACUUUGGCAUCAACUGGGCAUGGUGGGCACUCUUUGUGGGCGCCACUAUCUAUGCCACCUCGAAAUGGACCUCGGCCAGUGAGAGCGGUAGCUCCCUGCUCAUCCCCCGGGAACGCCUGAAGCAGCACAAUCAAAGUAGUUCCCGCGACGAAGAGUCCCAAGUUGACGAAAAGUCCAAGAAGCCCUCUGAGGGCGAUGCUCGCGAUGACAGUGACGUGGAAAAUCAACUGGUACGGAACACCUCCGUUUUCACCUGGAAGGAUCUGAGCUACACCGUGAAAACGCCCGAAGGCGAUCGUGUCCUGCUUGACAACGUCUAUGGCUGGGUCAAACCGGGCAUGCUUGGUGCUCUCAUGGGCUCAUCCGGUGCUGGCAAGACCACAUUGCUGGACGUUCUCGCUCAGCGUAAGACCGAGGGCACCAUUAAGGGAUCCAUCAUGGUCGAUGGUCGUCCUCUUCCCGUCUCCUUCCAACGUUCUGCCGGCUAUUGUGAGCAACUCGACGUGCUUGAGCCAUUCGCUACAGUCCGAGAGUCUCUGGAGUUCUCCGCUCUGCUUCGCCAAUCUCGAGAUACGCCUCGUGAGGAAAAGCUGAGGUAUGUUGAUACCAUCAUCGACCUCCUCGAGCUUCACGACAUCGCCGACACUCUUGUUGGUCGCACCGGCGCCGGAUUGAGCGUCGAGCAGCGCAAGCGUGUCACGAUUGGCGUCGAGCUGGUUUCCAAACCGAGCAUUCUCAUCUUCCUGGACGAGCCCACUUCCGGUCUGGACGGGCAAUCCGCCUACAACACUGUCCGCUUCCUGCGAAAACUGGCUGAUGUCGGUCAGGCCGUCCUUGUCACCAUUCACCAGCCGUCGGCCCAGCUCUUUGCCGAAUUCGAUACCCUCCUGCUCCUUGCCAAAGGUGGUAAAACUGUGUACUUUGGCGAUAUCGGUGACAAUGGUAACACGGUCAAGCAAUACUUUGGUCGCUAUGGCGCACCGUGCCCGCCCAAUACCAAUCCAGCUGAACACAUGAUCGACGUCGUCUCCGGGGGACUCAGUCAGGGUCGCGACUGGAACCAAGUCUGGCUCGAUUCUCCGGAACACAGCAAAGCCAUCCAAGAACUGGAUCAGAUCAUCAGCACAGCAGCUGCCAAACCCCCCGGUACCUUCGACGAUGGACAAGAAUUUGCCACCUCGGUCAUGGAACAGACGAAGCUCGUCACCCAGCGCAUGAGCACUGCUCUGUUCCGAAACACCGACUACGUCAACAACAAGUUUGCUCUUCACUUUGGCUCCGCUCUGUUCAACGGCUUCUCGUUCUGGAUGAUUGGUGAUGGCAUCGGAGACAUGCAGCUGCGCCUCUUCACCAUCUUCAACUUCAUCUUCGUCGCGCCCGGUGUCCUAGCCCAACUGCAGCCCCUGUUCAUUGAACGCCGCAGCAUUUACGAACAGCGCGAAAAGAAGUCCAAGAUGUACUCCUGGUGGGCCUUUGUCACUGCGCUGGUAGUCUCCGAAGUCCCCUACCUGAUCAUCUGCGGCGUCCUCUACUUCGUCUGCUGGUACUGGACCAUCGGUGCCGACACGGCCGCUAGCAAAUCCGGCCCAACCUUCUUGAUGAUGCUACUGUACGAGUUCGUCUACACCGGCAUCGGCCAAUUCGUCGCCGCCUACGCACCGAACGCGACCUUUGCCGCGCUGGUCAACCCGCUCAUCAUCGGAACCCUCGUCUCCUUCUGCGGUGUCCUGGUCCCUUACGCUCAAAUCCAAGCCUUCUGGCGUUAUUGGAUCUACUGGCUCAACCCCUUCAAUUACCUCAUGGGUGGUCUACUCGUCUUCAACGUCUGGGACACGGACAUCCACUGCAAGGAUGGCGAGUUCGCCGUCUUCAAUCCCCCCAGCGGAAGCACUUGCGCCAAUUACCUGAAUGACUUUAUGAAGACAAUCGGAUCCCGCAUGAACUUGGUCAACCCGGAAGCAACCGAGAAUUGCCGCGUGUGUCAAUUCUCCCAUGGGAGUGACUAUCUCUACACUCUGAACCUGAAAGAGUACUAUUACGGAUGGCGCGACAUUGGCAUCGUGGCUCUCUUUGCACUCAGCUCGUACGCCCUCGUUUACCUGCUGAUGAAGUUGCGGACCAAGGCCUCCAAGAAAGCUGAAUAG